AUGACCGCCCUUCUUGCCAUGAUGAUCAUGAUGGUGAUGAUGGCCUUCAUGGCCAUGGUGACCGUGGUGUCCAUGGUGGUCGUCAUCAUGAUGGUGCUUGUCAUGGUGUCCAUGUUUACCGUGAUGGUGCUCGUGAUGUCCAUGUUCAUGAUGACCACCCUUCUUGUGGUGUCCUCCUUCAUGUCCAUGGUGUCCAUGAUGGUGACCAUGUUUGUGGUGCUUGCCUUCUUUGUGGUCGCCAUCGUAGAAGUGAUGGUCCUUGUGGAAGGUAUCCUUAUGGUAUUUCUUGUGGUAACCGUCGGUCUUCUCACCCUUGUCAUGGUGUUCAUGGUGGCCAUGUUUACCACCCUUGUGAUGGUGUCCAUGUUCGUGAUGAUGGCCAUGGUCAUCGUGUUCAUCCCAGUGCUUCUUGUGAUGGCCGCCAUGUUCGUGGUGAUGCUCUCCAUGGUGGUGUUUGCCAUGGCCGCCGUGGUCACCCUUAUGGUGAUGGUGGUGUCCGUGAUGGCCUUUGUGUCCCUUGUGUCCAUGUUCAUGAUGAUGAUGACCAUGGUGCUCCUUGCCGCCGCCCUCUUCAUGGUGGCUGCUCUUCCCACUGGCUGCUGUGACGAGGUCCUUCUCUUCCUCGCCCAGUUUCCGAGCCAUAUUUUUGGCAUCUCAAUGUUUUCCAUGAUGGAAACCCCAGUCCUUGUGGUCGUGAUGACCUCCCUUCUUGCCAUGAUCAUGAUGAUGAUGGUGGUGUUCUUCAUGGCCGUGGUGUCCCUUGUGUCCUUUGUGGUCUUCAUCGUAGUGAUGUUUGUCAUGGUGUCCAUGUUUGCCAUGAUGGUGCUCAUGGUGUCCAUGUUCGUGAUGACCUCCCUUCUUGUGGUGUCCUCCCUUAUCUUCAUGGUGUCCGUGAUGUUUGCCGUGCUUGUGGUGCUUGCCUUCCUUGUGAUGGUCGUCGUAGAAGUGGUGGUCCUUGUGGAACUCGUCCUUGUGGUAUUUCUUGUGGUAACCGUCGGUCUUUUCACCCUUGUCAUGGUGUUUGUGAUGGCCAUGUUUGCCACCCUUGUGGUGGUGUCCAUGCUCGUGAUGAUGUCCAUGAUGAUCAUGCUCAUCCCAGUGCUUCUUGUGAUGGCCACCAUGUUCGUGAUGGUGUCCUUCCUUGUGGUGUUUUCCAUGGUGUCCAUGUUCACCUUUGUGGUGGUGGUGAUGUCCUUUGUGACCUUUGUGUCCCUUUUCACCGUGUUCAUGAUGAUGGUCGGCGUGGUGUUCAUGACCACCGCCUUCUUCGUGAUGAUGGCUCUUCCCACUGGCCGCUGCGACGAGGUCCUUCUCCUCCUCGCCUAG